AUGUUUUCCAAUUUCCGUGACAAGCACAGGAGCAAAGGAAUAGUGAUCGCUGUGUUGGCACGCAUGAAUCUUGUGAAGGCUCUGACACCCAAGGCAUUCACAGCAAAAGCACACUUCCCAAAUGACUGGGAACUCUACUCAGAUACUGAGUAUGAGAACAGGUUGCUGAAGGUCCAGGAGCUGUUGAAAGCUGGGGCCGAACGAUUUCCUAUCUUCCUUGUUGUUCGCCACUUCCUUGGUCAUGAAGCACAGCUCCUUGCUGCACAGCAUGAUUUUCCAGUCCCAGACAUGUGGGUUAAGCCAGCUUCACUUUCACACAGAAAGUCAACACACUCAAUGCGGGCAGAUUCAGAAGUGGAAUCUGAGGAGGAGGGGCUUGUCAGAGUAAAAGCCCGCCCCUGCAAGCGUCAUCGUGCUAAGCAGUGA